UCUUACCACACGGCCCCCAGCGUUUUUUGACUCAUCAAGUGUCUGGAUCUAAUUCAAUUCCGUUUCUAGUGUCUUGCGGCUGUGUCAAGAUGUCUCAAAAGUCCGCUAUCAUCUCCGUCUAUGACAAGACUGGUCUCUUGGACCUGGCCAAGGGUCUUGUCAAGCACAAUGUUCGUCUCCUGGCCUCCGGCGGCACCGCGCGCAUGAUCCGUGACGCCGGAUUCCCUGUCGAAGACGUCUCCGUCAUCACCCACGCCCCCGAGAUGCUCGGCGGUCGCGUCAAGACCCUCCACCCCGCCGUCCACGGCGGUAUCCUGGCCCGUGAUAUCGAGUCCGACGAGCGCGACCUGGCGGAGCAGAAGAUCGCCAAGGUCGACUACGUCGUCUGCAACCUCUACCCCUUCAAGGCCACCGUCAACAAGAUCAACGUCACCAUCGAGGAGGCCGUCGAGGAGAUCGAUAUCGGCGGUGUCACCCUUCUCCGCGCCGCCGCCAAGAACCACGCCCGCGUCACCAUCCUGUCCGACGCCGGGGACUACCCCGAGUUCCUCAAGGAGCUCGAGGCCGGCGAGAUCACCGCCGCCAGCCGCAAGCUCUACGCCCUCAAGGCCUUCGAGCAGACUGCCGACUACGACGCCGCCAUCGCCGGCUUCUUCCGCAAGCAGUACGCCGGCAACGGCGAGCAGUACCUCCCCCUGCGCUACGGCACCAACCCCCACCAGAAGCCCGCCGCCGCCUUCACCCUCCAGGGCAAGCUCCCCUUCAAGGCCCUCAACGGCUCCCCCGGCUACGUCAACCUGCUUGACGCCCUCAACUCCUGGGCCCUCGUCAAGGAGCUGAAGCAGGCCCUCGGCUACCCCGCCGCCGCCAGCUUCAAGCACGUCUCCCCCGCCGGUGCCGCCGUCGGCGUGCCCCUGAACAACAAGGAGCGCAAGGUCUACAUGGUCGACGACAUCGCCGGCAUCGAGUCCUCCGGCCUGGCCCAGGCCUACGCCCGUGCCCGCGGUGCCGACCGCAUGUCCAGCUUCGGUGACAUCCUCGCCCUCAGCGACAUCGUCGACGUGCCCACCGCCAAGAUCGUCUCGCGCGAGGUCUCCGACGGUGUCAUCGCCCCCGGCUACUCUGACGAGGCCCUGGCCAUCCUGUCCAAGAAGAAGGGCGGCAAGUACCUGGUCCUCCAGAUGGACGAGAACUACGUCCCGGCCGCCGAGGAGACCCGCACCCUCUACGGCGUCCAGCUGACCCAGCACCGCAACGACCUCGUCAUCUCCCCGCACAAGACCUUCUCCACCAUCGUCACCCCCAAGGACCUCAAGGUCCUGCCCGACGCCGCCCUGCGCGACCUCACCGUCGCCACCAUCGCGCUCAAGUACACCCAGUCUAACUCGGUCUGCUACGCCCUGAACGGCCAGGUCAUCGGCCUGGGUGCCGGCCAGCAGAGCCGCAUCCACUGCACGCGCCUCGCCGGCGACAAGGCCGACAACUGGUGGAUGCGCUUCCACGACCGCGUGCUCAACAUCCGCUGGAAGGCGGGCACCAAGCGCGCCGACAAGAGCAACGCCAUCGACCUGCUCUGCUCCGGCAACACCCCGCGCAACGACGCCGAGAAGGCCGAGUACGAGCGGGUCUUUGAGGAGGUGCCUGCGCCGUUCACCGCCGAGGAGCGGGAGAGCUGGCUCUCCCAGCUGAGCGAGGUGGCCGUUUCGUCUGAUGCAUUCUUCCCCUUCAUCGACAACGUCUUCCGCGCGGCCCGGUCCGGUGUCAAGUACAUCGCCGCCCCGAGCGGGAGCCAGAACGACGGCCCCGUGUUCGAGACGGCCGAGAAGCUCGGCAUGGUCUUUGUCGAGCAGGGCAACCGUCUGUUCCACCAUUAAGUGGAGGUCUCUGUGCCACGUGCCUUGUUUUUAUGAAGUAUAGAAGGAAAGAAAAAAG